AUGUCAUCUCAUCGGCCGAACGCGUUCAAUAGCUUGAGAAUGGGCGAGGUGAUCCGUGAAAAAGUGCAGGACGGAAUCACGGGCGAAACCAGAGACCUGCAGUACACGCAAUGCAAGAUUGUGGGCAAUGGCUCCUUCGGCGUCGUCUUCCAGACCAAGCUGUCGCCCUCGGGUGAGGACGCCGCCAUCAAGCGUGUUCUGCAAGACAAGAGAUUCAAGAACCGCGAGCUGCAAAUCAUGCGCAUCGUCCGACACCCCAACAUCGUGCAGCUCAAGGCCUUCUACUACUCCAACGGCGAGCGCAAGGACGAAGUCUACCUCAACCUCGUCCAGGAGUUCGUUCCCGAGACCGUCUACCGGGCCUCGCGAUUCUUCAACAAGAUGAAGACGACGAUGCCCAUCCUCGAGGUGAAGCUGUACAUAUACCAACUCUUCCGCGCCCUCGCCUACAUCCACUCCCAAGGCAUCUGCCAUCGCGACAUCAAGCCCCAGAACCUCCUGCUGGAUCCCAACAGCGGCAUCCUGAAGCUCUGCGACUUCGGGAGCGCCAAGAUCCUCGUGGAGAACGAGCCGAACGUGUCGUACAUCUGCUCCCGGUACUACCGCGCCCCGGAGCUCAUCUUUGGCGCCACCAACUACACCACCAAGAUUGAUGUCUGGUCGACGGGCUGCGUCAUGGCCGAGCUCAUGCUCGGACAACCCUUGUUUCCCGGCGAGUCGGGCAUCGACCAGCUCGUCGAGAUCAUCAAGGUUCUCGGCACGCCCACGCGGGAGCAGAUCCGCACCAUGAACCCCAACUACAUGGAGCACAAGUUCCCGCAGAUCAAGCCUCACCCGUUCAACAAGGUCUUCCGCAAGGCCGACGCCAACGCCAUCGACCUCAUCGCCGGCCUGCUCGAGUACACGCCGACGGAGAGGCAGUCGGCCAUCGACGCCAUGAUCCACCCCUUCUUCGACGAGCUCCGCGACCCCGGCACGAAGCUUCCGGAUUCGAGACACGGCUCCGGCCAGCUUCGCGACCUGCCCGACCUCUUUGACUUUUCCCGCCACGAACUUUCCAUCGCGCCGAAUCUGAACGCCCAACUGGUUCCCGCCCACAUGAAGUCCGUCUUGGCCUCGCGUGGUCUUGACAUCGACAACUUCUCGCCCAUGUCGAAGCAGGACAUGAUGGCCAAGUUGGACUGA